CGGAAGUAGUUAGUGCGCCUGCGUACAACAAACGGUCGCGCGCAAUAUUUGAGUUUUGUUUGAUUGACUUCGUGCCUGGGGAAAAGAUAAUACGUGGAUUUUUAACUAUGUAGCUAGCAAUGGCAAAAGCCUCCAACCUGACGAGGACAGAUUUGGACUCUUCAUUUGAAAGCCAGUUGUCAGUUUCAAGCCGAACUUCUAAUAGAAGUUUGCGAGUGGCAGAGAAGGAAAGAAGAAAGAACCAGAUCGGGGAUCCAUUUGUACUUGCGCUGAAGUACUUCUCAGAAGUGGAGGCAGGUACCGCAUGCGCGGGGAACGAUGUACUGGAGAGGAACCUGGUGCUGGUGGAGAGAGUGGGGCUCAGUCGAGGACUGCCUCCUGAGGCCAUCUCCGUCAUGUUGGACUACGCUAUGAGCUUACGUAUGGGAGGUGUGACGUGUGUUCGGGUCCUGAAGUUUCUAAUCCCCGCAACCGUGGUGCCACAGGAGGCUGUUGUUCGAGCAGUGUCGUGGUUAUGUGUCGGCAAGAUAGCAAUCAGCACACAGGUUCUUUUCCUUCGGUGGGUGCUGACUGUUUUCGACAUGAUCGACUCCAAGGACCAUCUUCGAGCCAUCUAUGGCUUCAUCUUCAGCUUUGUGACUGAGGAGAAUUUGUCUCCUUACAUCUGCCAUUUGCUUUACCUUUUGACAAGGAGAGAAAGUGUUCGGCCAUUCAGAGUCAGAAAACUGUUGGACCUCCAAACAAAAAUGGGCAGGCAGCCGUUCCUGUUGCACUUGCUGUCAUUGUACAAAGUGUUUUACCCCGAGUUGGUGACGCUUGCUCUUCCAUCACGAAUGAGGAGUGGGUUUAAGAACCACAAUUCCACGUGGAAGGUGGCGCUCUGUGCUGUCCAGAAGAGGAACAGAGGCCAGGUGUCCUCUGACAUCAGCCUGCCCCUCGGGCUCAAAGACAAGACCAACUUCAGAAAGAGGAAAUUUCAUCACCUGGAGUUACCGUCGUUGAGCUCGUCUAUCCAGAGCAACUCCUCCUCCAGCAGAAGCAGGAAGGUGUUCUCUCUGGAGCAGCUCCACUCCUUUCCACAGCUGCUGGACAACCUCCACUGCAUAGAGCUCCCAUCCCAGAUGGGUUCUCUGCUGGGCUCCAGUCUGGCCCUCUGUUACCUGGACUACGUACAGGAUGACUCCGCCUUCCUCCGACUCAACUUCUGGCUGGGCCACGCCCUCCAUGAGGAGUUUCUAUACUGCAGCAGGGACGGGAGCUCUGGGAGUUCGUCCGAGGCACUCCACUUCCUCAACAGGUUGCUCUCCACACAGCACUUCCUCCAGGAGGGCUUCUCCAGCACAGAGGGCUUCCUCUACAAGUUCCUGAACGUUUGGGAUGGUUCACUCCUCCGCCCCCAGAUCCUAGGCUUGCUGAGUGACAUCCCUGUGGUCCCCAGUUCCUGUAUCAGCCAACUUCUGUUUGAGCCCCUCAUGCAGCUAUUCUUCACCUCCACGCUCUUCUUCAAGUGCAGUGUGAUUGACUGUCUGAACAACAUGCUGUUGAAGUGGCUGACCUGGCACUCUGUGUAUGCCCUGGAGGAUGGCCUGGACAUCAGUCUAAACAGCCACACACCCAUGAACAUGACUCUGUCUGGCUUCAUGGACUCUGUCAUGGAGCUGGUGCGUUUCGUGGGCCGCCUGGCCACAGUGGGGCUGCAGCUAGAGGGCUGCCACUCCCUGCUCCUCAGCUUCAUCCUGGACUUCUACGAGACGGUGUGUGACAUGUUCCUGAAGUACGGGCUCCCCCUCGUGGUCAUGCCCCCCGCGGGAGUGUUCUACCCGGCCCUGUUCGCCACCGACCCCGUCAGCGUGGACCGCCUCAGCUACAUCAUGUACAGAUACAAGACGAAUCUGACCUCUGCUAAGUGUCAACAACAGGAGACCAAGCAGGCGUUUCACAUCAGCAGGCAGACGUGCCAGGAGUUUAACCACUACCUGCUCUUCAUGGUGAGCUGCCUGUGGAACUCCAAGAUGUUCUUGCCAGGCAUGGCCAUCGAGGUAGACCAGGAGCUCUUGGCUCUCAGCAAAGUGCCCGAGCCCUGGACCAGCUUUGACCUCAACCACCACCCUGCCUUCCUGGGCUGUGCCCUCGACUUUCACCUCAAGUGUUGGCCAGAGAGGAAGGACAUAGACUUCAAUUCCAUAAAGGCGGCGAAGCCGUGGAACUGGUACAUGGAGUUCCUCUUCUCUCAGGGCUUUCAGGGCCUCCAACAGUUUGUCCAAAGUAGCAUCAACCGGCGCGCUGUGGCUGGGAUCAGUGGCCAAAGAGGCAGCCAGCCCACAAGCAGGUAAACCACAUGCCUAACGGGAGGAUGAAACAGAAAACACAAAAGACUCUGACACUUCUCCCUGUUGUAAAAUACUUGUACAUAUUUUAUCUCUUGCCAUAUUCUCCAAGGAAAGAUUCACAAGAGACUUGAGUGUCUUUUUCUCUGUAAAUAGCCACUAUUUUUAAUCCUGACUGCAUUUUAUUUAGUUUUGUCCAUAUUUGAAUUAUGCUUGGUGCUGUCUGUUUUCUUCUAUAGCUUACCUAUCUAUAUAAUUUCGGUGCAACUUGCACAUUAAUAAGAAUGCAUUUUAUCUCAUUUGUAUUUUUUGGGACAAAAGCAUCCUCCUGAACUGUUAGUAAAUUGAAAAUGUGAAUAUCCUUUCUAUUAAAAACCAUUUGUAGAAUU